AUGUCUAAUACUAUUCCUUCUCUUUCACCUAUACUCAUUCAAAAAAAUAAAGACACAAUUUAUUGUUGUAAAGUAAUUGCAGCUAUUGGAUGUGGAAUUGUGAGUGGAGCACUAGGACUUGUUCAUAUUCAAGGGUUUAUUUUUAUGAUGGUGAUGUAUUCAUUGAUAUCAACUUUACUUUAUUUAAGAGUAUUACCGUCAAUAAAAGAUUUGUUUGAGAGUAGUUAUGAUGUGUUGUUAGAAGCAUUUUUCCCAUUUGUUAUGUUAGUGAUGAAUUUUGAAGGAAAGGUUGCAUUGAUUACUGGAGGAACAUCUGGAAUUGGGGAGGCUAUUGUACGUCAACUUACUGAACAAAAGUGUAAUGUCAUUUUUAUUGGAAGGAGAAAAGAAUUAGGUGAAGCCAUUGCACAUGAAUUAAAUAAUAAACAUUUUGGACAAAUAGAUUUUAUUCCAUUUGAUGUCACUAAUUUCAAAGAGUAUGAUUCAUUAGUUUAUAUUGUUCAAGAAAAAUAUAAUAGAUUAGAUCUUCUUGUUAAUAAUGCUGGAAUAGUUACUUAUGACACUUGUGAUGAACUAACUGAAGAAACAUUUGAUUUACUCUAUCAAACAAAUGUAAAAAGUGUUUGGCAAAUGACAAAACAUUUUCAUAAUUUACUUGAACAAAGUCAUGGUGCUGUAGUAAAUAUUGGUAGUGAUGUUUCUAUUAAAGCUGAUCCUCAAUAUUUUGGGUAUAGUGAUAGUAAAGCUGCAGUUAUACAUAUCACUAAAAUGAUGGCACUUCAAUAUGCACCAAAUAUUCGUAUUAAUGCAGUUUGUCCAGGUGAUACAUUUGUUGAAAGAUGGACUUCAGAUGAAGAGUUAGAACGUAGAUUUGGUGAAGAGAUGGCACAUGACAAAAGCCUUAAGAAAGAAUUAAUUGAUUCAAUGCAUCAUUCCAUUGACAUUCCACUACAAAGAGUAGGAGAAGUAAAUGACAUUGCAAAUGCUGUUCUUUUCUUAGGAAGUAAUUUAGCUUCAUUUAUAACAGGAACAGCAUUACUUGUUGAUGGAGGAGCUUCUAUAGUAUAA